UAUGGUGGUGAUGGUGGGUGGUGGUGGUGGAAUAAAAGAAGAAUAAUAAUAAUAAUAAUAAUAUAAUAAGAAAAAUAGUAGUGUGUCUCUCACUACACAAGUAAGAAUCUUAAUGAGGAGGACUUUGAAGGACGAAGAAGAUUAAAGGUAACAUCGAUAAUCAUCAACGAACGAGAUACACAACUACUACCGAUACGACACGACACUACGACGACGAACAGUGUAACCAACAAGCAUCAUGAGCGACGACAGAAGCGAGGAUGAUCCUAUAAUGGAUAUUUGGUAUAGUAAUUGGGAACAACAGUGUGUUGAAGCUUUGGAAGCUGAACCGGAAUAUGAAAAUCAACUACAAAACGCUAAGGAGAUUUAUUCACAGCAGAUGUGGGCUAGCUUUCAAACUACGGCGUCGGCCAUCGCCCAAUUCUAUAAAGAUCGUACCCAGAAUGUAUCACUGUGGCUACCCUUCCAGACAGCUGCGGGUACCGUCACGUCAUUGUACAAAGAUUCGGUCGAUAGUAUGCGACGGUGCAGUGAACUAGGAAUAGAAACCGGAAAGCAAAAACGUAGCAAAGAAAUAAUGAACUGGGCUAGGAAAAAGAGGCGCAUGAUCCGUAGAGAAGAUCUGUUAGCGUAUCUUGCUGGUAAACCACCUCCACCAAGACCACACUCGCACAGAAGUUCGCCAAAACCGAGGAUGAUGGUAUGUGGUUCUUCGCCUUCGCAAAGUCCUACGCAAAGUAUGGUAGUGUCACAGACUUCUUCGCCUGGAAUAGAUUUGGAUCCCGAAUUACACACAUUUAGAGAAGCUAUAUCGUUAUCCGGUGGAUGGAUAUUGAAAAAAACUGCAUUCCUAUAUGAUAUUAAUCAUUUUCUAGGCUCAUCGGUCUCUAGACGUUCCGGAAAGCAAGCAGAAUUGUCUGCUUUUAUAAGCAACGAGUUUGCUCGGCAUCACAAACGGCCUGCCUCGCACGACGUGGAUAUGGGAUCUCCUACGCACAAACGUUCGCGUUUCAUGUAACGGCGCGCUACGUGUAAAGUAACCCUCACUCCCUUGUUCCCAUUAAUUAAUCAAUUGAUCAAUUAAUUACUAAUGAUUCUGCUCCCCUACGUGUGGUGGUUAACUCUCCGGUUAAAGAGAGUUAUCACUUUCGAUACUACGAUGGCAAUGGUAUAACAUUGUUGCGCGAGUACGUUCGUUCGUUCGUAUCUCGGUGAUCUUCCAAUUUUUUAUUAUUCCACGAGAAUCUUCUUUGAACUGCGAAGAUAAAACCGUGUCGCUGCAUCUCUUUUUGUUUUUU